CAGAGCCCGGUCACUGUAUUUUGUCGACGCGCUCGGUUUGCACAAAAGAGGAAAAGAAACGAAGAAAAGAUUUUCGUUUUUCGGUGUGAAAAGUGUUUGAAUUGGUGUCAAGGUGUUAACUACUUAGAAUACUACAGGCAAAUACUUGUAUACUAAAUAUACAUAUCUACAAAUUAUAUAUAUAUUGACUGACUUGAGAAGAAUAACUAAAACAAGAUUGAUUGACAGAGUGCACAAAAAGAAAAAAACCGUCGGCAAGUUCCUAUUCGUGUGGUUGGCACAGCAAAAGGCAAAGCUCUUUGGACCUAUUUUUUAGAUCUACACAACAGAAAAUAAAUCUAGUGCAAUUCUACCAAAACGAAGAAGAAGCUGCCCGACAGAUAGUGCCCACUCUGGUUGGAUUAUGGGCAUAUCGGAGGAGGUCAAGCUGGAGGAAUUACCGCAAGAAGCUAAAUUAGCACACCCAGAUGCUGUCGUGCUGUCGGCCACAGCCUCCGGGGUAGGUUCGGCGGUAACGGCGCCCAGCGGCGCCAGCGGCGGUACCAACAGUCCCAUUUCGGAUGCCAACAGCGAUUGCGAGACCGAUGAGUAUGCGCCGAAGCGGAAGCAGCGACGCUAUCGGACCACCUUCACCAGCUUUCAACUGGAGGAGCUCGAGAAGGCCUUCUCACGCACCCAUUACCCCGAUGUGUUUACGAGAGAAGAACUGGCUAUGAAAAUUGGAUUAACUGAGGCGCGCAUUCAGGUUUGGUUUCAAAAUCGUCGCGCCAAGUGGCGUAAACAGGAGAAGGUUGGUCCCCAGUCACAUCCAUAUAAUCCAUACCUGCCCAGCGGCGCCGCCAGCAUGCAAACAGUGGUCGGUGCCGCCCUACCGCCCAAUCCCUUCACCCAUUUGGGUUUCCAACUGCGCAAGCCAUUCGAUGCUCCAGCAAAUUUGGCUGCAUUUCGCUAUCCUCACUUGUCGGCGGCGCCAAUGAUACCAUCCGGUUACUUCAAUCAGUUCCAAAGGGCUCCACCACAUAUGUUACCGCCUGGCAUGGCCGGAAUGUACUCUCCCUCGAGCUCCUUUCAAUCGCUUUUGGCCAACAUGGGUGCAGUUCCUCGAGCACCGCCAAUUGGUUUGGUAGGCAAACCGCCAAUGCUAGUCGGUUCCCCGGACUUGCACUCGCCCAAUCAUUUGCUGGCAUCGCCCCCGACUUCACCUGUAUCCGGUGUAGUGCAAGCACCGCAACCGCCACCCUCAGUGGCCCAGGCCUCACAGUUAUCCCCCCAGCAACUGGUUGGGAUAUCACUUACACAUCAGGCUCCUUGCGGUUCACCCACACAAACUGCUCCCGUGGCAUUGACCCUGGCCCAUUCACCGCAGCGACAAUUGCCGCCGCCGCCGCCUCCAGCGCCAGCACGAUCUGUUACACCGCCCGAGGAUCGACGUACUUCAUCGAUAGCUGCCCUUCGCCUGAAGGCACGAGAACAUGAACUGAAAUUGGAGCUGUUGCGCCAAAAUGGCCAUGGCAACGAUGUGGUUAGCUAGCUAAAAAACAAAAAACACAAAAAAAUUGUUUAUAUUGACAAAA